AUGCACAUGAGAAUACACAGAAAAAUGAAACCUUACAAAUGUGAGGUAUGCAAUAAAGUAUUAUCUGGAAAAAGUGGUCUAGAGAAGCACAUGAGAGUACACACAAAAGAGAAACCUUAUAGUUGUGAGAUUUGCAGCAAGGCUUUCUCUCAGAAACCCCAUGUAGAAUCCCACAUGCGUACUCAUCUACGUCUUAAACCUUUCAACUGUGAGGCAUUUGCUAGGAAAGAUGAUUUAGCAAGACACAUAAGAAUACAUACACAUGGGAAGCCUUAUACUUGCAGUGUAUGUAGUAAAUCAUUCUUAUGGAAACACAAUCUAGUGGUGCACAUGAAAGGGGACAUACAAAGGAAAAACCUUACAGUUGUGCCACAUGUAGUAGAGCUUUUUCAGAGAAAUGUAAGCUGUCCUUUGAAGGAGGUCCAUUGGGAUACGUAUAUUGCAGUGACAGAAGAGUACACAGAUCAACCAUAUCUAGUAUAG